AUGCAUUGGUUUUUAACAAGACGGCUAAAUAAUAAUACCGCAUUCCAUAAUAGCCUCACAACAUUAUCAUUAGGGUGGUCGUCGCAUAAAAGAAGAAGAAGAUUCAGAAGGAAAAGUAAUUGUAAAUUGGAGGAGGAGGCAAAGAAGAAGAUGGUGACGUUAGUGGUAGCCACCACCAUUGACCCUGCAUCCAUUGGUCCUGCCUCUGCCCUUUUGUCCAUGCCCGGCUGGCACCCUGGCCCUUCUCUCCAGGAAAUUGAAAGUUAUGUGAACAAAGAAGUAAGGCUAUUGAAGCAUGAUAAUUCUAAUGUUAGAGAGGAUCAUUUGGAUAAAAGAUGGGAGGCUGCCACUGGAGAGGUUGUGGAUGAAAUUAUAUUUCUUAGCAGGCACUCGGCUGCCUCGAAGCGGCCUGCGCUAACCAUUCAUCCAAUUGGUGUUCCUCAUUUACGAGAAGAUGAAGUUCCACCAGCAGGUGGAAAACCCGGAUGGGCUGCACCUCCUAAUCCUCGAAUGGGGCCAUGGUUACAACUCUUAAAGGUCAUUGCAAAUUCACAUAAUCUGACACCUGAAUUUGAGGUUACAUUUGAGGCCACACAUCAUGGACCUCUGACUGAUUCUCCGGCAAUGUUUGUAGAAAUUGGCAGCACUGAAGAGUAUUGGAAGAGGCAGGAUGCAGCACAAGCUAUUGCUUUAUUAGUUUGGAAAGGACUAGGGCUUGACGGAGGAGUUCCUGUUGGAGAUUGGUGCAGGAAUAAUGGAAAAAACAAAAUUCUUCUUGGGUUUGGCGGUGGACAUUAUGUCCCCAGGCAUAUGGAUAUAGUUUUGAAGAAUGAUGUUUGGGUUGGCCAUCUGCUAUCGAGUUAUUCAUUGCCAAUGGAAGACAAUGGAGAUGCAGGAGUUGGGGGAACUUGGCGGGAAGCAAUUAAAGUUGCAUAUGAGGUUACUAAAUCAGCGUUUCCAGGGGGAGAAGUUCUCGCUCAUCUCGAUCAAAAGAGCUUUAAAAGUUGGCAGAAAAAUGCUAUAUUGGAUUAUUUGAAAGAGCAGAAUAUAGACGUUGGCAAGCCUUCUAAUUUUUGCUGAGUUCUCCUGAAGGCUGAAGCUGUAUAGAAUUAUACAUCUUUUUGAUGACAUUUAUUUUUCAUGAAAUCUAAUACUUCACAUUGAUAUCUGAAACUACGAUUUUCCAAUCAGAGUGAAAAAAAAAAAAUCACUGUUGACUUGCA